AUGGCCAAGAUCAUAGCCGCCGCGCCCAGCCUGGCCGGCCCACUCCUCCGGCUUCAUUUCCACGACUGCUUUGUCAGGGGUUGUGACGCCUCUGUCCUACUCGAAUCCACCGAAGGUAACGUGGCGGAGAAGGACGCCAAGCCGAACAAGAGCCUGCGAGGGUUCGGCUCCGUGGAGCGGCUGGCCAAGGGCCCCUUCUGGCCGGUGGCUUUGGGAAGGAGAGACGGAAGGGUGUCCAGUGACACGGAGGCCAGCGACGAGCUGCCCCCGGCCUCCGGCGACGUCCCUCUGCUCGCCAAGAUCUUCGCCUCCAAGGGCCUCGACCUCAAGGACCUCGUCGUGCUCUCCGGCGCCCACACGCUCGGCACGGCGCACUGCCCGUCCUUCGCCGACCGGCUCUACAACAGCACCGGCGAGAACGGUGCGUAUGGCCUCGUCGACCCGUCUCUGGACAGCGAGUACGCCGACAAGCUGAGGCUGAAGUGCAAGAGCGUUGAUGACCGCGCUAUGCUGUCUGAGAUGGACCCCGGGAGCUACAAGACCUUCGACACCAGCUACUAUCGCCACGUCGCCAAGCGGAGGGGCCUCUUCCGCUCCGAUGCGGCUCUCCUCUUCGACGACACCACCAGGGACUACGUCCAGCGCAUCGCCACCGGCAAGUUCGACGGCGAGUUCUUUAAGGACUUCAGCGCGUCCAUGAUCAAGAUGGGGGACGUGGGCGUGCUCACCAGGGCCGAGGGAGAGAUCAGGAAGAAGUGCUACGCCCCCAACUAG